AUGCCAAUCAAGAAUCUGAGCAAGAUUCAGAAGAAGCUGUCCAAAAAGCGUGGUAAACUCAAUGCUUUACACGAGGACAGUCGCAAUGCCAAAGUACUGCGCCGCGCUGCGACACGAGAGGACCGCAUUGCUCGAGUUGCAACUUCUGCGAUGAUAGCGCGGCAAAGCCUUUUGGACCGGGUUUCACAUUUUCAAGAAUGCUUGGAGGAAUCCUCUGAACCCCUUGUCAUUAAAGACGAAGCAAUCCCUGACCUGAUACAUGAAUGGAUCCAUCGUAGCGACAACGAAAUCAAAGAGUUGCAAGAAGAACGCAGAAAGGGCCGACCGCCGAGUAAAAGGGAAGAGAAUCUCCAGCAACGUAUUCUCUCAGAAGAGAAGGAAUAUAGAUCGGGUUUCUGGAUGCCCGACGUCACACAAGAGGAUGUUUGCCGGCAGCUCAAGCAGUGGAAUGGUGAAUGGUCGAGUCUAAGCUCUCUGAAGUUCAUCCGCUUCGCUGAGGGCAGCGUAAAACAAGCAUCUACCUUUCCACCGAAAGGCCUGUCAUAA